GAUAAGUACGAGGAUGGAAUACGAGGGAAGGGGGGCUGGAUUGGGUUAGAGGAGGUGAGGAGGUGAGGGGAAAGGAAGGAGGGAAGGAGGGAAGAAGGGAAGGAGGAGGGGAGGGUUGUGUUGUGUUGUGUUGUGUUGCUUUGUGACUUUGUUACUGCUACUACUACUUCUUUUUGGGUUUGGGCUAUUUCUGGUCUGUGAUAUUUCUGAUAUUCUGAUAGUCUGAUAUUCUGAUAGUCUGAUAGUCUGAUAGUCUGAUAGUCUGUAUUGGUGCUUCUUUCUAGAAUUGAGAGAUUAAGAGGACUAUUAUUCUAUCACAUUGCAUCACAUCGCAUCGCGUUGCAGCUAUCUCGCUUCAUUCAAUCUAUUCAAUCCACAUCCUCUCCUCCUCUCCCUCUCCCCAACAACAACAACAUCAACAACAACAGCCUCCCCCAAAAUGACGCUCACGCAAACCCUCCUGCACCUAACCAACUUCCGCGCCCCCUUCCUCCGCACCCUCGUCCCCGCCGUCGGCGCCGCCUACCUCCUGCAAGCCGCCGUCGCCGUCCCGAGUAUUGCAGCCCAGUCCGAACGCUUCUACGAUUUGAGUGGGAGUUUGACGUAUUUGAGUGUCACGGCGCUGUCGCUGUAUUUGCCGACUGUGAGGGCGAGAGCUGCGGCGGGGGUAGGGAGACUGGAGUGGCCUAAACUCCUCGAAGCGUUUACUGGUGCUGGAGGUGCCAAUGCGUUGAAUUGGAGACAGGUGGUUUUGAGUGCGGCGGUGGGGAUUUGGGCUACGAGACUUGGUAGCUAUCUCUUCAAGAGGAUAAUGGAGGAUGGUCAUGAUUCUCGCUUCGACGAAAUCAAAAAAUCACCCCCCAAAUUCUUCGGCGCCUUCUUCGCCCAAGCAACCUGGGUAUCCCUUUGCUGUCUUCCCGUCAUCGCCCUCAACUCUCUCCCACACCCUCUCCUCUCCACCCUCCCCACCCUCAUGCUAACCGAUAUCCUCGGACUUCUCCUCUUCGCCGGCGGGCUCUCCUUCGAAAUCGUUGCCGAUCGACAAAAAUCCGCCUGGGUCGCCGCGAAGAAGAGAAAAGAGCACGAUGAGGAUUUCCUCACCAGUGGUCUGUGGAGUAAAAGUCGGCAUCCGAAUUAUUUCGGCGAAGCCACGUUGUGGACGGGAAUUGCGGUUCUGAGUGCGGGAGUGCUUACCGGGAGAGUAGGUCAGUUGGGGAUGGGCACGAGUGGGGUUUGGGGAAAGGCACUGGGGCUGGGUAUUGCGGGUGUGAGUCCGGCGUUUGUGUGCUUUUUGUUGUUGAAGGUUAGUGGGGUACCGUUGAGCGAGGGCAAGUAUGAUAAGAAAUAUGGAAAUCGAAAAGAGUAUCAGGAGUGGAAGAAGAAUACUCCGAUGUUUAUUCCGAAAUUUUAGGGGGUUGCUGGAUGGGGGGUGGAGAUGGAAAGGAAAGGAGAGGAAAGGAGAGGAGAGAAAAGGAGAGGAGGGGAGAGGAGAGGAAGAGGAGAGGGGAGGAAGAGGAGAGGGGAGGAAGAGGAGAGGGGGUAUUGAACCGGUACUUGUAGUGGAGAUGGAGAUGGAGAUGGAGAUAGUGAACGAUUGGAAGUAGGUAGUUCGAAAAGUAUAGUUUUUAUGAAUAGGGAGUGGAAGACCGGACUGAAAGAAGAAGGGAAGAUGUACUCUUAGGUUACCUGAUAUUAAUCCACUCAAUCACUCACUCACUCACUCA